GUAACUGAACUUCUCGGCGGAGGUAUGCUCGACAUGGCGUCGAUCAAUAUCAUGCGAGGACGUGAUCACGCGUUCCCCACCUACAAUCACUACCGGAAAUUUUGCGGUCUUCAGCCAAUCACUUCGUUCGACGACGUUAGUCUUUAUGGCAUUACUAGAGCGAUAUUCAAUUUUGUACGAUAAGAUAAAUCCAUGA